UUUAUAUUAAAAGUCAAAACGGCAGCAACAACAAAUGAAUAAUUAUCUCUUCUUAAUUAUGUUCAGGAAACAUUUCAUAUAUGAAUUGAACAAAUUACCAAUUACCAAAAAACAGAAACAAAAUACGAAUAUCGAUGAAAAUGACGAAGAAGAAGAAGAAGAAGAAAAAGAAAACGAAGAAACAAAGUUUUUCAUUGAUUUCUAUAAAACAUUUCAUCAAAUCCAAAUGAAUCAAAGCUGGUUUCCAAAAGAUCUACAUGAAUUUCUACAAUCUUAUAAUAUAAAUAAUUUUCCAAUUUUAAAUUUAAAUAGUGAAAUUCCCGCUGAAAAAGUUGGUUCAAUUACUCUCAAUGAUUUACAUGAUAUUUUUCAAUUUGAAAUUGAUACAAAAAAUGUCAAUGAUCUAAUUCAAAAUAUGGAGAAACAAUUCGAUGAUGAUUUUAAACAAAUGAUAGAUGGAAUCAAUAGUUUGAAUAUACUUACUAUAUGAUAGAUAAACUUUACACAAAAAACUAUCAUGAUUGAGUAUUGAUUUUAAAAUGAGUUACUAUAUAGAUAUUUUUGUAGUUGUUAUGUGGAA